AUGAACGGUACAAGCCACCCCCAUGGCGGACACACGGACGUCCAAACCGCAUCCAUCUCUACCCAAGGGAGCAAGAUCGAGACUGCAGAGGGUACGAUCCAUGUCCAGCCUUUCCGCCCACGGGGGUCCAAACACCUCCGCGCGGUCGUGAGCUUCACACCGAGGAUAUCGGCGUUCGAUAGGGAGAAUGCGACGAGUGGGCAGGACCAAUUCAGAGGGUUUUAUACCCUGUUCUGGAUCGCAAUGUUUCUGCUUAUAAUAAGGACGUUCAUUACCAGUUACGAACAGAAUGGGUACCCCCUCUCGCUCGCAUUCGCCAGCCUCUUCUCGCGCGACGCUAAGACGCUUGCGCUGAGCGACGGGGUGCUAGUCCUCAGCACGGGCAUGUCCGUCUUGCUCAUGAAAGCCGUCAAGCGAGGGUGGUUCAGAUACUGGCCGUUUGGAGCGGUUCUGCACUAUACGUGGAUGGUCUUCACGCUCGUCGCGGCUAUCACGUGGACGUUUAACCGCCAAUGGCCUUGGGUCCAGUCGGGCUUCCUAACCCUGCACGCAAUGGUCAUGUGCAUGAAGGUUCACUCCUACUUGGCGGUAAACGGUUACCUCUCUGACGUGCACCGGCAUGCCGAAUCCCUAGAGCGGCAACUUCGAGCCCUGUGCGUCUCCGAAAGCGAGGGUUGGGAGCACGCACUCGAGGAAGCCCAAAAGGCACGGGAAAAGCAAGAGACGAGCACUGAGGAUUCCCCUAUUGGUACCCCUGCGCUCCUCCCGGAGGGUGCGACGACGAAGGGCUACGCAGGGGGAAACCCGAUUGCCGAGGGCCUCCGACCGAGGAUUAUGGCCAUGGUGGAAGGCACACCUGCCGGUUCGCGCGCUGCUACUCCCCCGCUAGACACAACCAUCAAGGAGAAGAAGCCGUACUUCACUCCUAUAGAAUCACACCAGCACCCGCUAUUCGACCAUCCUAACAACAAAAUCUCCGAGCUGGCUGAAGAGCUCGGCUCACUUGAGCAGGAACUUACUAGUGUAGGCCUGAACCGGAUCCGCUGGCCGGCAAACGUCACCUUCACAAACUUUGCGGAUUACAUGCUUAUUCCCACGCUGGUGUACGAACUUGAGUACCCGCGUACGGACCGCAUACGCCCUACAUACCUGUUCGAGAAGACCGUAGCGACGUUCGGGACGUUCACACUCCUCUACACUGUGACGGAACAUUAUAUCAUGCCGCUGACGCCGAGGCCCGACCAGUCGUUCUUCCGCUCUUUGAUUGAUCUCGCACUCCCGUUUAUGCUGUGUUAUAUCAUCCUCUUCUACCUCAUCUUUGAGUGUAUAUGUAAUGCAUUUGCAGAACUGUCGCGCUUCGCCGAUCGGCAGUUCUACGAAGACUGGUGGAACUCGGUAACAUUCGACGAGUUCGCGCGCAAAUGGAACAAACCCGUGCACACCUUCUUCCUCCGACACGUCUACGCGAGCACCAUCAGCAGCUACAAGAUCUCAAAGUCUUCUGCUAUGUGGAUCACCUUCCUCCUCUCUGCUGUCAUGCACGAACUGGUAAUGGCAAUCGUGACCAAGAAAUUCCGGAUGUACCUGUUCAUGAUGCAGAUGUGUCAGAUCCCCAUGAUAUUCCUCGGUCGUCUCCCUGCUAUUAAGAAGAACAAAACGCUAGGAAACGUCGUCUUCUGGAUGUCCCUCAUGGCGGGCUUCCCCCUGCUUUGUGUCGCAUAUGUCGCUUACUGA